AUGUCAGCCGGUGUGAUCAUCAGAGAUCCACAAACCAUGGCAUCAGCAAAGAAGGAAUACAAAUUGGGAUUCUUCUCUCCUCCAAACACCACCAAUCGCUACUUAGGAAUCUUCUACGCCUUGUCAGAAGAAACAGUGAUUUGGGUAGCCAACAGAGACACACCCCUCACCGAUUCUUCCGGCGCCGUUACUCUGUCUCAAGACGGCAAUCUCGUUGUCUUGGACGGGACUAAUCGAACCGUGUGGUCGACUAAUCUCACAACAUCUUCCGUCAUUAGUCCAGUCGUCCAAAAUCCUGGACACUGCAAUCUCGUCUUGCGGGAAGAGGUCUCUGGAGACACGCUGUGGGAGUCUUUCUCACAUCCUACGGAUGUUAUGGUGCAGGGAAUGACGUUAAGCCAGAACGUAAAGACCGGGAAGCAGGUGCUGCUGACAGCAUGGAAAAACGCGACUGACCCGGGGAUGGGGAGCUUUACCGGGGGCAUUGACGCCAUGAGCGGGACCGUGCAGCUUUUCACGUGGAAUGAGGUGCAGCCGCACUGGAGGAGCGGACCGUGGAACGGACAGAUAUUUCUUGGGAUAAAGGAGAAGUUCUACGCCUACUUAGAUGCGAUCGCUCAAGUGAAUAGUGACAGUGCUGGCAACAUCUUUUCUCCCCUCCGCCGAUUGAUGGGAUCGUCAUGUGGAAUUCUUCAGGAAGCGCGCUACGAAAGGCUUGGAAUAACAUGGAGAAGAGAUGGGACGUGGUGGCCUAUCCGAAAAACGAGUGUGAUGUUUAUGGCAAGUGUGGGAUGUUUGAGAGGUUUUGAGCCUGUGAAUGAGGAUGAAUGGGGGAGAGGAAAUUGGACUAAUGGCUGUAGGAGGAAGAGGCAGUUGCAGUGUGGAGAUGAUAGAUUUGAGAGGUUGCGGUAUAUGAAGGUUCCGGACUUUGCUAAACCCUCGUCUUCUAGGGUUCAAGACGAGUGUCGGACAGCGUGUCAGAGGAACUGCUCAUGCAUAGCUUAUGCUUAUGAUAGUUACAUUGGUUGUAUGUUUUGGAGCAAUAUCUUGAUUGACACGCAGGAGUUUGAUCGCGUUGGUGUUGAUCUCUACGUUCGUCUCUCUGCUUCUGAAUUCGAUAGGCACAAGGAGAGAAAGUUGUACAUCAUAAUUGGAGUUGCUGUGGGUUUUGUUUGCAUAUCUAUUCUGAUGUUUAUUGCUUGGUGGUUAAUAGAGAAGAGGAAAGGGAGCAAAGCGCAAGAUUCAAGUAUUUUGGAAGCAGGACAGAUGUUCACGACGGAUUCAACUGCAAUCGUGCUAAAAGAUGGCGAUCUGCCAAAGUUCACUUUGAAGAUGCUUGCUAAUGCAACAAACCAGUUCCAUGAAGAUAAUCUUCUUGGGAGGGGAGGUUUCGGUCCUGUUUACAUGGGAGUUAUGGCGAACGAGAAAGAAAUCGCUGUGAAAAGACUAUCAGCGGAAUCUGGACAAGGCAUGCAAGAAUUCAUGAAUGAAAAAGGAGAAAGGGAGAAGAAGAAGAAAGAGAAAAGAGACAAGUAG